CUUCAGGUAUAUAUUGCACGCCGGGACUCUGCUGCAACACUCACUCCACAAGAUCGAGAAUGGCAGUCAAGAUAAGCGUGGUGGUGGUGUUGUUGGGUGUGGCCUCCGCUGAGUUUGGGCUCCGACACCCAAAUGCAGUAUCACAUCUGGAACCCCACGUGACACGCAUUACCCCUCACCCCCUCAUCACGCCCUUCUCACAUGCUAGUUUUCCCUCCAUUGAUGGGCCACUGACCAAUGAGGGUCUCCUCCCACAUGUUAGUACAUCUUUGCCCCAUUCUAGGACCCAGCCACAUCCCCGACGUCUCCCUCAUUCUGGACCACUGUCCCAUGCUGGACCACUGUCUCAUGCUGGACCACUGUCCUAUGCUGGACUACUGUCCCAUGCUGGACCACUGUCCCAUGCUAGUCCACUGUCCCAUGCUAGUCCCAGGCCCCAUGCUAGUCCCAGGCCCCAUGCUAGUCCCAGGCCCCAUGCUAGUCCCAGGCCCCAUGCCCCAACUGGCUAUCACGCAGAACCUGCCUACCAAGACGCCUACCCCAGUUCACCUGCUAACUACAACUUCGACUACGAGGUCCACGACGAGUACUCUGGCGCCCACUACGGUCACGCUGAGACUCGUGACGGCUACAGAACUGAAGGAAGAUACUUUGUUCACCUGCCCGACGGCCGCAUCCAGACCGUGACUUACUACGCCGACGAGACGGGCUACCACCCCACCAUCACCUACGAGGGUGAGGCCAACUACCCAUCACACUCUGCCUAUGACGCCCCCAGACCGAUCCACCAUGCUGCCCUACCCCACACACCAGGGCCCGUGUACCACCGAUAGUGUCCAGGGGGAAUGUUUAUACUUGUCUACAGUAUCUGAAUAUAGUGUACAGUGCAAAAUAAAAAUGUAUCGAAUCAA